AUGCUAUGUGCCACAGUUCCCAGCCGCGCUCUUUCAGGUGUCCGUUUUGAAGGUGACCCCUUGGACAUCAUUGAUGAAUUGCAUUUCUAUGCCAGCAGGACUGUAGCAGUUCCGCCGACCCUUUUUGAAGCCACACCAGCCAUCAGGACGCACAGACUCACUGAUAGCUGGCACCAACCGAUUCCAAAUGAGAUGAUGCCGGACCAAGCUGAACAAGAAGCUGAUCCAGAUGUCAUCCCAGAACCAACUCAAGCUCCUCCCAUUGUCCAUGAACUUUUUCGAGUCGCUGAGCAACAAGCUGCCUUUUCAGAUCUUGACAGCGAUGGAGUCAUGUACAUCAGGACUUGGUAUGUGCACCAUGUGAAUCUACAACGUUCCUCAACCUCCAAGAUCUUGGAAUUUCAUGAAGACUGGAGGCGCUGGGUGCCUGACUUGCUCAGCUCAUGGAGGGAGCAUUAUCAACCUCUUGAAGCGGUAGACUUCACAGUCGUCACACCAGACCCGUACAGGGGUUACCUCACGCAGAUUGUCCACGCAGACCUCAUUGUUUCGCAAGGAAAUUGGGCCAGGAGACAACCUGGUCUUGUCACGACGCAUUACCAAGGGAGAUUUGCACCACCGCACACUUUUGCUAUGGCGGCAUCCUUCGAGAACUCCAUCAGUGGUGUCCACAUUGCCACAGCAGGAGAUGCACUGGAUUGGUGUCUUUCUCCACAACACAGAUGCAGCAUCACAUUUGGUUGGACUCACAUUCCAUUCAAUCAUGAUUUGCUUCAUCGAAUGCAGGCGGGCCAUGGUUUCGCUUUGGUAGUUCACAAUGCAUUGACCUCGGCAAGUUCAUCCACUGACAUGGAACAGCAUGGGGCAAUUUAUGCAGCUGCCUCUGACCAGCAUGUUGCCCCGGGAGGGCAGAGCCCGGAGGCCUCCCCUGAAGAGCCCAAUGAUCCUGGCGAAAAUGAACGAGACUUUGAUCCACCACAAGAUCCACCUUCUGAUGGACCUGACCGAGAGGAUAGUGAUGUCAGCAUACACAGUGCAGACCUUGGAGUACUUGUCUACAGGCUCAAUGCUCCGGAUGCUCACUGUUUUGCUACAUGGACAACAUAUGCCUCUAUUUUGGCUGACAUUGUUCACAGCCUCCGAUUACCUCGAGAUCAAGUUCGCUGUUUUCAUCGGAUUGCCGCCACCCCAGUUGGAUUGCGGCUACCGUCUGAAGAGGCCGUCAUCCUGCAAUGUACUGAUGAUGUCGCACCAGGCUCUGAUGAGCAAUUGAUCCUUGUUGACCUGGUCGUCCACUACCAUCCCCUGGCCUCAGGUCUGGUUGUACCACCUGCAGCCCGGAGACAAGUCCUGAAGGUCAACGCUCAUCUUCACAGGGAUCAGGUUCUUCAUCUAUUACGUCUGCAUCCUUACUGCAGGAGCCAAGGUGACAGAUGCCUCAUUCACAAAAACCAUGUCUUAUGGGCAGCUGCUGAUCGUACAGUUCAUCGCAUUCUGCAUGGGGACUAUGUCAGAGUACAAGUACCACCACCGCAGAGUUCUACACUUGACACCGACCAAGCUAUUGCGCUCAGUUUGGAACAAACAAUCCUUGAAGAGUUGCCCUGCUCGGAGGCUGCUGGGCCUUCACAUCUUGCACUGAUGCAACAAGCUGCAAUUUUGUUUCAAACGUAUCAAGUUCCAGACUUUGCCCAGUGCAAAACCGACCCAACUGAACCCGAUGCAGUACAUUUCCCGCCCGAGCGUUUGGAGCGAGCUGGAGCAACUCCUUGGAGGCAAUUUAACUAUGCCAACUUUGUUCCUGGACAUCUUCAACAGCUUGCACGACUUGUUGACAGUGCCGACCUCACUGAAGUGGAAGAGGAGGGCAAGAUCGCCUAUAUUACGACAUGGUACCUGCAUCAUCUGACUCGCAAGGUCUGUCGUGAAUCACGCCCUGUGAGGCUUGUGGAUCGACCGGACACAUGGCGGGAUUUGAUAGCUGAAGUUUGGCAAGACGUCAUUCAACCUCUUGAACUCGUCCGCCUUCGACUUGUCUCUCCACAACCUCCCUGUGGCAUUUUUGAAUGCAACCAAGCUCAUGUUCUUGUUGAACAAGGCCAACGUGAUGACCACAUUUCAUUUUUGAUCACUAGCGUUGACCUUGCCUCUUCGGAUCAGCGCAGACCAACAGUCACGCAUUCCGCUCAUUCUGACGAACCCCUUCAGACUGCACUGAGCAUCAUCCACAAAGCGAAUCCACAGCACACCGGCCCUCUCGGCAGAUGUCAAGUUUUCUGGCGUGACAGACAGUUUGCUUGGCUGGAGCCUGACAUCCUGGACGAGGGCACCAACGUGAUUGUCAAAAUCACAUCGGAUGCACCCCCUGAAGAGAGUGAUGGGCAUGCACUCAUGCAGAGGACCUCAAUGACAUCUCAGCGUUCAUCUGCAGCUUCCUCUUCUUCGGGUGCUACUACCAGGGCCUUCUGCUUCAAUCCUAGGGCUGCUGAAUUUCAUCCGCAGGGAGCCAACAUCCACCUCUAUGAUGAGUUCAUGCAGGACCUGUACGAUGUCUGGGCCCAUGCUUCCUUUUCGUGGGAAAAUGAAGAGUCUACGAUGAACGUUGCGGUUUGGUUUGUAGACCACAAUUGGCAUCAGCCUCAUGGCUUCCAUUGUCGUACAGUACGACUCUGGGCCGAUCACACCACCUGGGUGAAGACCAUUGAGUCGGCGUGGACCGACCACAGAGUACCUGGAGCGUCACUUGAGCAUCAUGUUGUAGCUCCGAACCCCCAGAGUGAUGAUCGACAAAUUGGAGCGCACAUCAUCUCGAUUCAGAACCCAAAUGAGGCAUGGGUCACAUCUUUGAUGACAGUGUAUGAGGAGUUCGACUUGCACACACCUUGGAAGCAGGUGGCGGUGACAACUCAUGAACAUAUUUUGCUCGAAAACAUUUUCAGGGCCAUUGACAUUUUUCAUGUUUGUUUGGGGAGGACACCCACAUUCAUUUGUACGGCUUGGUACCAGCAAGUGCUCCUUCGACCUGGGGUUCCUCUCAUGGGUCGCAGUGGCUAUGGGAUCACAGGACGCUUGCACCGUAUUGCCAAUGCCGCACAAGAUGAGAAUGCCAAUGACCAAGAUGCCCUUCUCCAAAUCUCAGCGACACCAGGGGCGCGCCUAACACGUGGUGCGGUGGCUCAAGCCCACGGGCCCCCUGGCGACUCAAUCCAGACAUCUGCCGUCACCCUUAUUCAUGGCACUGCAGAUGAUGUACCCUUGCCCAACAUUGUUGAGGUACUCAACCCCAAUCCUACUUCCAUUCAAUCUGAACUGCAGUGCUGGGGCGUGGAAGCACAAGUCACCUUUUUUGAACAAUGCGAUGUGGCUGUUUGCUUCACGCGUGGGGCUCGACUUCCUGAUGCACAUGUAGGAGUUGUCUUCUCCGUGGCUGCGAAUGGUAUUGUUGGCCCUUACCACUUCGAGCGCACAACCAAGCCAGAUGAAGUUGAGCUCAUGAAAUUUCUUCAUCGCCAAGGACACCCCAAGGCUGUCAUCCUCGAUGUGCGUGACCUUGCUGAAGGACAACAAGCUAUAUUUUUUCAAGAACCCACCACGACAGUUUCAGAUGUGAACUUCAAGGUCAAACCGCCUCCAAGUUGGCCACCCCCACAGCCGCGAGGGAGUCACGACCCAUUCUUCAUAGCAGGUGAUCACACAGAUGCUCAACCUGAAUGCUUUUUGAAGUUGGGCGCCACUCAAGAGGAUCUCGCGAGACUCUUUGAUAGUGCGAGGGACACAUUACACACGAACUUUGAGAACCUGAAUUUGGAUGAUGACCUCUAUGCCCUGCUGUCCAACCUCCCGCUUUUGGGAGAUGACAUGCCAGACCGCUACAUCAUCUACGUUGACGGCACUUCCCAGGGGCAACAGUGUCAUCGAUCCACAGCUUGGGUUGAAGAAUGUGGGGUCUCUGAUGCUUGGGCCAUGCUGGUUCUUGCGGAAAUUUACGCCACUGAGCGAGCUGCCCCACAGUUGUUUUUAGUUGGAUGGACUGCACAACAGGUCAGAUACUCACCAGAGAGUCAGUACCAUCUUGGCGCAACCAUUGUCGGAUCGCUCACUGCGGAGAGAGAGGGCCUGACCUGGGCACUUCUGUGGCGCCUCGGGCUCAAUUCGAGAACCCCGACCCUGUUUCGGAGCGAUUCUCUUUUGACCAUUCUGCAAGCACAAGGUGCCAUUGGAACCUCUUCUGUUGAUGACUCGUUCCAGUGCCUGCGAGGAGCAUACCAAGCACUUGACCUUGCGCUUCCUGAAGAGCACCUGAGGAUUCAACAUGUUUUUGGCCACAAUCAGGAACCGUUUAAUGACUUUACGGACAUUGCGGCCAAACUUGAAGCGCACAGCAGCUUCUUCAUCCGCAGACCAGACAUUGACAUGACCACAUGGAGAACGAGAUUACCGUUCCUUUGGAUGAUUUUUGGCGAGCAGAUUGGAGGACCUGGAUUGUGUUCAGAUGGCUUUGAUGUUGCGGCACCACGCCUUCCUCUUUUGUCUGUGCCGGAGUCGCUGACGCCCUCAAUUCCAGGGGCAGAGACGAAUGUUGCCGUGACCAUGCAGUUGAGCUUUUGCACGGCAAAUGUAUUGUCGAUGUAUACACUCCCUGAUGGCUUUGCCGGCAAGCUUGGAUAUUUGGUUGAGCAAUUUCAAGCUCACGCAUUGCUCAUUGGUGGAUUGCAAGAAGCUCGCACACCCAAAGGAAUGAGUACCUGCCAGCAAAUCCUGAGGCUGUCAUCCGGAGCAAACAAAGGGCAAGGUGGUGUUGAACUAUGGAUCAAUCUACAACAGCCCUACUGCUAUGUGGAUGAACAGCCGGCUUUCUUAAAGGCUUCCUUCUUUCAAGUCCUUUGCGCUGAACCUCGAUACUUGCUUGUUCGUGUUCGAGCACCGCAUUGGAAUGCCCUGCUGCUGGUAGCUCAUGCCCCCCAUUCGGGACGACCACAACAAGAAUGCAAAGAAUGGUGGGCUCGUCUCACUGAUCUUAUCCAGCAACAACAAGGUGAACUGCCUCUUUUUGUCAUGGUUGACGCCAAUGCGGAACCAGGCGCAUCAGAUGGAACUUGCGUCCUAGGGAGCCAUCACAAGACGAGCAAGUCUACACCGAUUUGGAGGGAAUUUUUGCACACUUUUCACCUGGCCCUGCCACAGACCAGUGAUCAGCACACUGGAGGACAGGGCGCUGCCUGGCAGACUGAUGUUGAGACACAGAUCCACCAGUUCAAUGAUGCAGUGCUCACGGACCUUGCAAAAAUGUGCCCUCCAACCCGAAGGGGACCGAAGAAAUCAUUCAUCACAGACGACAUCUGGACCCUUAGAAAGUCCAAAUUGCAUCAACGACAGAAGCUUCACCAUGGUCGCAAACGACAGUCCCUUGAAGCUCUCUGGCUUUGCUUCAAAGCUUGGCGACAACAUGAUGCAUCAUUCUCGCCGGUCGCGGCGUUUAACUAUGGCACCACGCUACAUUGUGGCAUUCUACGGGCUUUUGUUGCCUUCCGGCAUUAUGCCAAACGACUCAAGACUGCCUUGCGAUUGGCGAAGUACAAAGGCAUUGUGGAACGCAUUGAUGAGCUUGGAGCUGGAGCACCCGCCUCAACCAUUCUCCAAACGCUCAGACCAUUCAUUGGUAGCAGCAAUGCCAAGGCGAGGGGCCGACAUCCCCUCCCACACCUUACCACGGAGGAUGGCCAAAUUUGCCCUGACCCGCAGGUAGCACUGGACAGAUGGAUCUCCUUCUUCAACACCAUGGAGGGGGGCGAGCGCAUGUCAGCCACAACUCAGCGCAGUCUUUGGUGGCAUAACCUCCAAGACCUUCGCGCUGAUGGAUUUUCCUUGGAUGUAGAUCAGCUGCCGACAUUGACUGACCUUGAGGCUUUUUACAGAGUCCUGAGACCGUUAGCGUUGGAAGGGAUUUGCCAAGACAAGGUCCUUGCGGCCAUUGCUCAGCGGUUAAACCUGGGACCACAUAUUUUGGCUGACCUCCACAAGCAUUUGCAGGAGCCUUGCGCUACAGCCCGCGCAGGCCUUCCCCCACAUCUCAGUCGAGCUCUUCGUGCACUGCACCUUGAUACACAUUGGCACAUCAGGGACCAGACCGACAUUUGUAGAACAACCAUUGGCACGAGGCCUGGUGAUGCCUUUGCUGACGUGGUCUUUGGCUAUUUGUGGUCCCGGGUCCUUGACUCCUUCAUCCAAGCUGUCAAAGUUGAUGAGGUCUUUGAUACAUUUCCAGCAGAUCAGGGCCCGUGUCUCUACAACUCCGAAGUCGAGAAGGGCAUGUUGCCGAAGCCUUUCAUCGGGCCUUGUUGGAUGGAUGAUCUAUGUAUAGCGCUCAGUGCUGACUGUGGGAGCACGCUGAUCAAGAAGGUUCACAAGGUCACUGGAGAGCUGCUUGAUCAAUGCCUUGCACAUGCAAUGACGCCGAACUUGUCGGCAGGCAAGACGGAGCUCUUGUUCUCGCUUCGAGGCAAUGGUGCCCGUCAGCUGCGAGUUCAACUUUAUGGACCUUCGGCUCCGCGACAGCUCUCCAUUGUUGGCGAGUACCACACGCACUUUGUGCGCUUGGUUCAACAAUACACCCACCUUGGUGGGGUACUUCAUCACAGUGGAGACCUUCGCUCCGAAAUCAGACGACGCUUAGGUGUUGCGCAUGCGGCUUUUACACAGCACCGCAAGUUGCUCUUUGCCAACAAGCAGUUUAGUCUGAAGCGCCGUGUUGAACUUUUCCAGAGUUUAGUGCUCAGCAAACUCACGUAUGGCACAGAGUCUUGGACAUUCCCUGACAUCAAGAUCAAAGAAUACCUCCAUUCCGCAGUCAUUCGCCUCUACAGACGCUUGUUGUGCGUUGCAGGGGACCAACAUCACACAGAUGAUCAGAUACUGGCGGCAACGGGCUUGCCAUCACCGUCUGAAUUGUUUCGCAUUCAGAGAUUGCGCUAUCUCGGCACACUCUAUGGUUGCCGGCAUUUGGUCGACUGGGGGCUUUUGAAUGCUGACCAUGCAUGGGUCACUUUGGUUGAAGACGACUUGCGUUGGUUGGGCUUUCAGCUUUUGGAUGCCACGCAUUUACGUCCUCCUGAACAACAUGUACAAGAAUGGCUCGACAUAGCCCACCAUCAUCCACGAUAUUGGAAGAGACUCAUUCGCCGUGGAGUUCAGCACUCUGUCAAACAAAGACACAGAGAGCAGCAGCUUAUCCAGUUUCAUCAAGGUAUCUGUAGGUUUAUGCGGGCUCAGGGACUUCUUCCACCACAAGGGCCUGCUGACCCUCCUGAUGCUGACCGUUGCUCAGACCAAGCCUUUGGUUGCAUGUUUUGUGGCUGCAGUCAAAGGACGAAAGGAGGCGAAGGGGCCCACCAAAACAGAGUUCAUGGCUGGGUGAACCCUGUGCGGCAUCUAUAUGAGAGCACGCAGUGUCACAGCUGCAUGAAGGAAUACCACACGGCCACCAAAUUGAAGGCCCAUUUGCUGCAUUCUACGAACUGCCGCCAAGUGCUUUUCGGUUCAGGGGUUCGUUACCAACCCAUGCCUGGCAGUGGGUCGACACGGGAGGGUGACAUCGAGAAGCUCCAUGAUCGACUUCUUCCACCCCUCCAAGUCUUUGGACCUCAACAGCAGUAUUUGGCUCUGCGUGAUUUUGAUGGCAUCGAUUGGAACCUUCAUGAUGACUGCUGCCUGCUUUUUCUUGAUGCUGCCACAGUAGAGGAUGCGAUCCUUGGUGUGCGACACCGUGUUCAACAACAUCCCAUUUCAUGGACUAUGUGCCGGAGGACGCUCUUACAGUUGGCGGCUACAAUUGCUGAGCAUGCCCAUGAAGAUGCCCUUCAGCAUCUCAAUAGUCAGCUUUUGGGAGCAAAGUUGCUGCACUUGUCCACGCCUGACAGCUGGUCGUUUUUGUCUGGACACAAGAUUGCUUCUGAAGACCCUGUUGGCCUUGGACAACUGGAGACGGAACUCCUGGGGUGCCUGACACCACCAGACAUUUUGAUUGACAACUCAUUCCUCCAAGUCUGCAGAGAUCUGACGGUGACGAAGUUCACCAAUGUACUUGGUCAGGAUUAUGCGGGUUGA